CUUUUUCAAAUAGCUAACGAUGACUAAAAUACAAUCGAAGUCCCAAAGGACAUUAUUUCGGAAGUGUUUGAAUCCUUACGAGCCUCUACCAGAGUUUCCUCCCGCUUCACCCUAUUCAGUCAUAGUUAUUGUAGAUACAGAGCUCUAGAGUCAAAGUGAUGAUAAGCAAGAGCUCACAUUUUACAGACAAUUUUGCAAGCAUCCUAAGCGUACUUUUCAAAGGCACCGAAGUCGUCUUAUCUGAUGGCGAGACUGGUUGCCAUAGUUCACGUAUUGCAAUCGAAGCGAAUAAGCCUGUCCUUGCCGGUGAGGGUACUUCACCCACGUACUCUCGUAAAAUCGAUUUACUACUUCAAUAUGACGAAAGAAAAGCCAUCGAUCUUUGUUCGAACGAAUGGAAAAAAGUCAAAGUUACGAGUGAUUUAAAAUUAAAACAGCAGUCGAAGAAUAUGAGGAUCAAUGCUUGCAUUCUCAAUAAUUUACAAGGAACAUAUGGUGGGUCGCAUUCUGUACUAGCAUUAUAUGUAAUUGGUUUAAAUGGCUACAUGUAUAAACUGUUAAGGUCGAUAACUGCUUCAGUGCUACAGUAGCCGUUUGAUUUAAGAGUGAUCAAAAUUUCCAAAAUCUCACCCUUAAAUAGAAAAUACCUUUAAAUCGAAAAGCAAGACUAUUGUAAACAGAUGUCACCAGAGGCCAAUAUUCCGGUAAAUAUGA